AUGUGGAUUAGGCCAAAACAGGGCGUAGUGCAGAAUUAUGCACCGGACAAUUUGCGCCAGGCGCAAGUGCGUCGUCAGCGAGGCUGGACAGAGGAUGACGUUCUCAUCUUUCUACGCCUCAACCCUAUGGUGGCAACUUUCGAGUGGGCGGAAAUCCUUGCUCAAGCUGCCACUGACAGAGAAGAGGGGAAUCACUACUCGAUCGCUAAUGCCCUCCUAUACAGUCAUACCGUAAUGCGGAAGUCCGCGUUUACGAACUUUUGCGAGAGAAUCAAUAUGACACCCUCCGAUGUACACCCGGAAUCAAAGGACUAUAAAUUCUUUGUGACGGAGUAUGAUGCUGAUGUUACAGCAACGCGAUUAAUCGAGGCAUGGAGAAACCAGGCCCCGGAGUAUCCCCUGCCCGCAUUUGCUGCGGACACAGGGAUGGACGACUAUUUCAUUAUUGAACAAGACGACCCAACCGACGUAGGAUCAUACCGCGCCGUAUCACCCCUCAGUUCGUCCGCGAGCGAGGGGUUCGUUUCGGGGUGA